AUGGAUGAUAUCACAGAUUAUGCAAGUAGUUUUGGUUGGGUAGUGGACAGUGCCAUAAGGAGUGACACUGGCUCAAAUUUGGGAGCAUCCCCAGCCCCUGAAGUAGUUUUGCUUCAUUUUGCUUUGGUAGAGGACAAUGGCAUGAUGAGGAGUAAUACUGGUGGUGGAGCAGAUUUGGAAGCAUCCUCUGUGCGUGGUUUUGCUUCUGCAGUGGACGUGAGGAGUGCCGCAGAGUCAAAUGUGAUGGAAUAUGAUGUUGAGGGUAAAAGAGAUGGAAAUGUAAAUAACUGUUGA